AUGAUAUCUAGUUCGUACGUUGUUGCCUCAUUACUGCUGCAGUUCGAUGCUUUCGCCUUGGCACAUGCAAACGGUGUCUCUCUCGACCACACUGACGUGAGUACAGCAACCACUGCUGCCUCCUCAGUAGGGGCAACCAAAGAGCUGGGGUUGCCCACCGGCAUUGUGGCACGUUUUACCCUUGGAGGGGAUCGUGGAUAUGAGGUGCCCAUAAAUUUGGGGCCACGGUCAGACGACCCUUCUCCUAGACGUGAUGUUGUAAAUAGUGCAGUAAAAGGUGCUACCGCUGGGCUGGUGUGUAUGCUGCUGAUCACCAUUCUUUCGGACAUCCUUCAUCUUUCAAAGGCUAGGCGGCAAAGGAAAGCUACACAGAAGGAAGCUAAGGCACUUACUGCACAGCGACUUGCUGCCCUAGCUUUUAUGCGGAAGGCAUCAGGGCUUUUGCUGCAGAUGCAGGAGCAGAUGGAACGACAGCGUCAACAAGAGCUGCAGCAUCAGAUGCUAGCUACAGCUGCAGAUAUUGAGCAAAACGUGGUGAUCCUAGGUGUGCUACCGGAAACAACAAGCGUUGUAAGUCAACUGAUCGACCGCCUUCUGCUGGCAGCGGGUGCACGGACGCCCAUGGAACAUGAGCAACGGCAACUGGAAGUACAACUAGAGAAGCAGCGAAAUAAGGGAGAGGCAAGGAUGCCGCAGAUCGGGAUUGAGUAUGACAUGGCAUUCGGACUUGAUGCUGAGGCGCCAGCGCUAUCUGCUGCACAGGGCAGCACUGUUAGUACCUACGGCAGCAGCAAAAAUAAAAACACCAGCACCUUUGAACCUUCCCCCAUCGCGUUGGAACUCACAGAAGGGGUGGAUCCUUGGAGGAACCCCAGAUUGCCAUACGACCAAGACGAGGUCUUACUGAAGUCGCAGGCCAUGCUCAAGGAUCCGUUGUUGGAUACCCAUGCGGUUUUGGAAGGCACCCAAGGGCCCCUGGAGGCUCUCGAGGGCAUCGUGGAUGUUUCUGGUUUGCUCUCAGAAAACAGGGACCUAACAAGCAAAGAUCUACAUGCCAUUGUAUCAGCCUUAAAGUUGCCCCUCCUUGUGGGCUUCAGUGUGGCGGAGGGUGAGGGCAACCGGAACUCUCCAGCCACCCAGAACAUGGGGGAGCGAGGCGCUUCAGAGCUCAGUGAAGACACCCCCGAGUAA